AUGUUGCGCGUAGCUCCCAAAUUCUUCACCACCGCCCCGCUUCGGACCAUCUCACCCUUUGCAUGUCGCUCCUCACUCCGUUCUAUCGCUGACUCAGCUCCUUUCAACAAAAUCCGCAUUCAAAGAGAUGAUGACACUGCAUUCGAUGCAUAUGUUGUUGGCAAAAACAACGCUCCUGGAAUCGUUGUGCUUCAGGAGUGGUGGGGUGUGGAUUUUGAAAUUAAAAACCAUGCUGUGAUGAUUUCUCAACUCGGUCGGGGAUUCAAAGCUCUUAUUCCAGAUCUGUACAGAGGAAAGGUUGGUCUGGAUGUCGCAGAAGCACAACAUUUGAUGGAUGGUCUUGAUUGGCAAGGCGCUGUGAAAGAUAUUCAUGCUUCAGUUAACUGGCUUAAGGCAAAUGGUUCAAAGAAGGCUGGUGUUAGUGGAUUUUGUAUGGGGGGUGCUCUUGCUGUUGCAAGCUCCGUCUUGGUUCCAGAAGUUGAUGCUGCUGUAGCUUUCUAUGGAGUUCCUUCUUCUGAACUUGCGGACCCUGCCCAAGCCAAGGCUCCUGUUCAGGCUCACUUUGGAGAGCUGGAUAAUUUUGUUGGUUUUUCAGAUGUUACGGCUGCCAAGGCCUUGGAGGAGAAGCUGAAGGCAUCUGGUGUUCCUCAUGAGGUACACAUAUAUCCUGGCAAUGGACAUGCAUUCAUGAACAGGUCUCCUGAAGGAAUCAAGAGGAGGAAGAGCAUGGGAAUGCCAGAUGAAGACGAAGCUGCAGUUCAGCUUGCCUGGUCUCGCUUCCAGUCAUGGGUGACACAUUACUUAACUGGCUAA